UUGACAAAUGACAUUCAAGUCCUACGAGGUCAAUAAAUUUUACAGCUGCCGGUUGCUUUUGUUUCAUCAAAUCGCUAAUUGUUUUUCUAAUUGUUAAAAAUACACGGGCUUACCAAAGAUUUCAAUAAAUCGUCAUCAAACUUCCCAUAGUUUUAUUUUUGCAGUCGUUACUUCUUGUCUGCAGUUGUGGAGAGAAUACACAGAAUGAUGGACGGUGUAGUACACCCGCACCCGGGGGUGGUGCACGGCGGCAUGCCGGGCGUAGUGCACGGCAUGCCCGUGCACGGAGCGGGCCCCGAUGGCGAGCACGCUCCGCACGGUCCGAGGCGCCGCUACCAGAACAGACCUAAACCGCCGAAUAAUACAGAGCGAUUACCGUUAGAUGAAGCUGCUAAGAGAGAAAUGGAAUCCCUUCCAAUGAAGACACCAGUAUCUGUGCUGCAAGAAUUGCUAGCUCGACGUGGAACAGUCCCUAAGUAUGAACUUGUCCAAAUCGAGGGCAUGAUUCACGAGCCUACGUUCAGAUACCGCGUCACUGUCGCUGAUUUAGUUGCCAUGGGUACCGGUAGAUCUAAGAAAGAAGCUAAACACUCCGCCGCUAAGGCACUGCUGGACAAGCUCACUGGAGCUGCACCAGCUGACCAGCCCACUAAUGGAAAUGUACCAGAGGCCAGCACGGUGGUGUCGUCAUUCGAAGACAAGCUGAUGGGCAAUCCUGUGGGCUGGCUGCAGGAGCUGUGCAUGUCGCGCUUUUGGCCACCGCCCUCGUACCACGCGGAGAACGACGACAAUGUUAACAGACGUCUACCUCACGAGCGGCAGUUCACAAUAGUGUGCACUCUAUUGAAGAGACGCGAAGUAGGCACCGGCAAGGCUAAGAAGCUGGCCAAGAGACAAGCUGCAUACAAGAUGUGGCAGGCGCUGCAAGACAACCCUCCGGAAUCCUUCCAGCCUGAAGAAGAGGGCGGUGUCGCGGCCCGAUAUGCCGACUUGAAAGAUAGUAAAAUAUCAACAUUGACCACGAGUCACAGCCACAAGGUGUCGCAGUUUCACAAACACCUCAAACAGUCUGUCGGGCCCAACCUGGCCAAGUUGCAGGUGACACCACUGAACAACAAAGACUUCAACUUUGUCAAGUUCCUGCAAGAGAUCGCUUCGGAACAAUCUUUUGAGGUCACUUAUGUGGAUAUUGAGGAGAAAUCAAUGACGGGUCGGUGCCAGUGUCUCGUGCAGUUGUCCACUCUGCCAGUAGCGGUGUGCUACGGCUCUGGACUAACGAGCAAGGACGCACAGUCUUCGGCAGCGCAAAACGCCCUCGAGUAUCUAAAAAUCAUGACCAAAAAGUGAAUAGCCUCGACAUCUCGCGACAUCUAUAACGCCCGGUGACCGUCUAUCCAAUAUGACAAAUUUGUUAUACGUAAAAUAUAUGGCCACUAACACAUCACACUAUUUACAUAUAAAAAAUGGGUUGUGCGUAUAGAAGCCACUCGGGGCUGGCUCGAUGUCGCGUGGAUUAGAGUCCACUUAACACCACUCUUGGCAUUUGCCAAAGCGCUUCGGGCUAUGCUGUAUAACUGGCAUAUUUGCAGUGUUACCAUUAAAGAGUACUCUGUUUUGUUAACCCUUGUUGUUUAUUUAUGUUUUUUUUAAUGAUGAAAAUAUAUUUAUAAAUCGCAUAAUAAGACGAGCUUUAAGUUUUCUGUUACUAAAAUUUUAGAGUAAAAAUUUUACUUUUCUUGAAAGACAUAAUGAUUUUGUAAGUGUGAAGUUUAUUCAUGAUUGAGAAUUUGGUUACUGUCCUAGGUAAGUUAUAUAUCAAUUCAUAAUUUUCUAUACUGAGAAUAUUCUAUAUUUCUCAAGUUUAUUAUUUAUUUUUUUUUACAAUUUUAUUUUUUUGUACGUUAUUGAUAUAAGUGAAGAAUUCCUGAGUUCUUUGAAUUUUAUGUUGUGUAAAGGAAUAUGACAUGAUCGAUAUUCUUUUAAACAUUCUCUCCAACUCGACUGCGAAUGUGCGAGAGUACACAGCAUAGCCCGUACACUUAAGGAACAAAGUAUGGAGUGGUCAUAUAAUAAAUACAAGCUAUACUUUGCAUAGAAUUAGUGUAAUUUUCCCAGCGUGGAAAUUACUAAAAAAAAUAAAAAAGUAAAAAAAAAAAAUAAAAAAUAAUAUAAAAUAACAAAAAAGUGUGUAUUAUAACUUUCCAGUUUAAUAUUCAGCAUAAUUUAGGCAUGUUUUGCAUUAAUAUUGAAUUGAAAUCAUUACCUACUUAUCAAAAUCAUUAGCUUUAAUAUAUAAUAUUAUAAUAAAAUGAUAGAUUUUUCAUGUAAUUUAUUUAAACUUAUUUGUUUCGUCUGGUGUGUUGAGAUUUUUCUAACAUGCUGAGCAUUAAACGGAAAAAUAUUCUCAGCUGGUAAUGUCUUGUUGACGAACUGUCCGAACCUUUGCUUUAUUUUUGAUUUUUAAUAUCCCUAUUUAUUUUAAUCAAUGAAUUCCCCAGAAAUAUAUGAUCAAGCAUUUAAAUUAAGUUUAACACCAUAGUUACAGUUAUAGUUGUUAUUUACUCGAAAUCUUAAACGAGCAAGGGUUGGGUCUUGCGCGAGAUGGAUUAUGUAACGAGGCAGGAUUGAAAUUAAAAUGAAUUUUACCAAUAAUUGUGUAAAUUUUGUUUUUAUACAUGAUGGUAAACUUUGCAUGGAGGCUGAGAACUAUGUGUUUGAGUGAAUAUAAUAUCACUGGAAAUAACGGAUGUGGAGCUAGGAGAUCCCUUGCCUGUGAAAAUGGGCAUUAUUUUAAUGCAAAGUAUAGAGGUUGUAACAUUUUCUAUCAGUACAGAGCCGUCGUGACUCGCCGACUGAAGGCUACGAUGGUUCUGCACACCGAGUUUCUUUUAAAUUGAAUGGUGUGAGUUCAACCUGCCCCUAAAUUGGUCGCACUGUUCAACUUAGAAAAGACUAAUUUGAAUAAAGGAAUGGAGUUUCAACCAAGACCUACUAAAUAAAACUAUAAUGUCCGACCAUCGAGACAUCGGAGUUCACGUAUUAUAAUUUAUGUUUAGUUAGUCUUGGUUUUACUAUUUAUAUCGAUAAACUGUUGUAAUUGUAGAAAAUAAUGUCACUGUCACUGACGUAGAAACUUACACUGUACAUUUCACUUGCAUAGAUCUAAAAACUUGUAAAAGAUGAUACAUUGUGAAAAUGUGAAAAUAAACGUUUUCUUUGUUUUGCUAGUAUUGAAUUUGCUAAUAACUACAAUAAAAUUGGUGUUGCUUAUAA